UCUGCCUAGGAUUCAAGUUCUCCCUUGAAACGACGGGACCUGGAUUUUGAACUAUUCGAUAGAGAGAGAGAGAGGCAACUUAGAAGAAUAAACGAAGAAGCAAGAAAAGAGGCAAAGAACGAAAGAAACGGAAUAUUGAGGCUGAUCACGAACCUAUUCCUCCAUUUGCAUGUUCUGUUCUUCGAUCUGCUAGCAAAACCAAAACUCCUGCCAAUCUCCCGUGCCAACUCUUCUCCCCCCCCCCCAAACCGACUAAAGCGGCCAUCCUUCGUCUCUUGCCCAACUCGCUCUUUUCUUUUUUGCCCUCCUGCCUUCUCUUGUCCAACUCUUCCUCCCUUUCCUUUCUUUCCCACUUCGUCCCUCCUCCCCCCCUCCCCCCUCACUCGCUCUCUUCCUCCUUUCUACCGCCCUUUCUUGCACGACGCCAUCGCCAUCUCCCUUCCCUUUCCCUCCUCCCCAAAAACCCUGGCUUGCCGGUGAUCUCUGCUUAUCGGCGGCCGCGCGCGCGCCUCUUCGACCUCUCGACCCCGGGACCCGCCCUAUCCUCACUUCCUGCCAGUUUCGAUCAUGGCGCCCCCUCCUCCUCCACGCCUCCGCAUCCUCUCCGUCGGUGGAAAUGCGAUUUCGGCUUUCUUGUCAUGGCGCCUACAGGCAACGACGUCCUGCGACGUAACGCUGGUCUGGAAAUCGGGCUUUGAGUCCGUGGCUCAAUAUGGUGUAUCAUUUAAAUCAAAAGCUUUCGGCAAUGAGCGAUUCAAGCCUCGCCAUGUUGUCCGAACACCCGAAGAAGCUUCAUCUCGUGAAAAUGCGUACGACUACGUGAUUCUCUGUGUGAAAGCACUGCCCGACGUCUACGAUCUCGCCGCGGUUAUCGAAUCCGUUGUCACACCCCAGCAUACCUGCAUUCUCGUAAACACGACGAAUACCAUCGGAAUCGAGGCCCACCUGGAGCAACGGUAUCCCACCAACGUGAUUCUUUCCCUAGUCUCCAACGUAGAGAUCUCUCAAACCGGCCCCAGCGAAUUCGAGCACUUGAGUUCGAGCGAGAUCCAUGUGGGCGCAACCAACAAGCAAUCCGCUAUCCCCACAUCCAUUCAGAACGACAUGGCGGCGGCAUUGGCCAUGACCCUCAACUCCGGGCAGGUCAAUUGUCACGUAUCGCAGAAUAUUCGACAGGAACAGUUUGAGCGGAUGAUUGGUCCUAUCGCGUUCCAUCCUGCCAGUGUUGCGUUCGAGACCUCUAACCCCACCCAGCUGCUAGAGAAAGUCGGAGUCCGCCAACUAGUGACCGGCAUUAUCGACGAGCUCUUGGAGCUGGCUCGAGCCCAGGGCUGCAACUUCCCCGGUGAUUUCCGAGAAAAGACGAUCGAGAAGAUGACCGCAUCAGACGCCCCGAGCACCAUGUACCUGGACUUCCAGGCCCGCCGCCCCUUGGAAAUUGAAACGUUUUUAGGGUCUCCCAUCAAAUUAGCGACCGAGUCCAACCUUUCCAUCCCCCGGAUCGAAGCUUUAUACGCCAUGCUCCACCAUAUUAAUAUUGCGAACCAAAACAGACCCCGACCAGGCGAUUCCCCGCCUGCAUCGGUCAUGGGUCACCCACCACCCCGAAUGUCCUCUGCUCCUCCUGCACAACGUCCGCCCAUGAAUGGUGCGAUGCGAGGGAGUCGGGUGAACUCGAGCAUGGGCGUACCCCCUCCCGGCCAACGAAGAGGCCCGCCCUCGGGUAUGAUGUCUCGAGGACCCGGCGGACCGAUGCCCAUGGGCCCCAUGGGCCCUCAGGGCAGACCCGGCGUUUCUCGAGACACUUCGCUGGAAGGACUCGAGGAGUUCAGCCAUCUGGUGGUCUACGAUGAAUCGGAGGGUGGAAUGCCCAUGCCUCAGGCCAACGGCAAUGGUCAUCCCGAUGCAGCUUCCUCCCCCAACGAUAUAAUGCUGCGGGAGCGCGAGUUGGCUCUUCGCCAGCGUGAAUUGCAAUUACGGGAGCAGGAGAUGAGCAUGCGGAGAGGACCUGGGCCGGGCGGACCUGGUCGCCGUGGGCCACCGUCUCGAGCACCCGCCGCGGCCUUUGACGAAGAGGAUGAGGAUUAUUUUGACCCGAUGGACAACAUGGCGAUUCCCCACAUUGAUCCCGAUCAAGUCGACAUGAUGAGUAUCACGUCACGCCGAGCCCGCAAGGCUCCCAGCCACAGCCAGUUCCGCAAAAAUCCCGAGAUGAUGGGCGGUGGUCCUCCCAUGACUCAGAGUCGACCCGGGUCAUCAUUUGGUCGCUAUUUCGGCCGGAAACGCGCGAGUGAUCGAGUGAUGCAGGAAAUUCCAGGCCUCCACGACUCUCUCAUGGACAACCCGAUGAUGAGCUACUCGUCGAACCGAUACGGAGCCGUUGACCGCAACCAGAUGGGCAUCGAUUCAAGGGCCAACUCUCUAACGGCCAGUCAUAUGGGCGAUUUCCCACCGCGACCGUACCCCCAGAGCCGGCGAAACAGCAACUCCCCCGCCGCACCUUUCCCCGGACCCCCCGGGCCAUCUCGCAUGGGUCGGCCCAUGACUGGUCAUGACCAAAGUCUUGGUCCCCAUGGUGGAUCUCAUAAUGGCCAUCCGUCGCCGCCUGGAAACAUGCGGACACCGGUCCCCCGGCACCCGUCAGGACAAGGCCCGGUUGGACCGCAGCAGCUUGAGCAACACUAUGGGGUGAGCAAUUCGUUUCCCGCUAAGGGUCCUCCCAAGAAUAAAAGUCUGACCGGAAGUGCGAGUGCCAGUGCUGAAAGUGGUGAUAGCGGAGCCAGCGCGAAUCUUGAUUCCGAAGCCUCUGCUCAUAGCAGCCAAAUCAGCCUAGGUGACCAUCACGCCGUUCCGGCAGCGCCCGUUCGCUGAAGCUCUUCCCCUUUUUGUGAUUUUUUUGCUCCCUUUACCAUCACGGCGUGACUACUCGCACUCGACGAAAACUGGCGAUCGAUGAACGGAUUCGAUUUUUGUUUCCUUUCUGACGUUUCCCUCCCUACUAUUUUCCUAUCUUCCUGGACGCAAUACCUCUCUCUCACCUCUUUUUUCAAGCUUUGUCAUGUUUGGACACUUUUUGCAUCGCUGCGUGGGUUGUUCUACGGGGGAUUAUUGUUUUACGGAUUCCACCCCCGGUUUGAAUGAGGCUAUCGGUUAAUACUCUGCUGUUCGCUUCUUUACAUAUACAUGAGGGACAUAGGGGUUCUUAUCGCUUAUUGGUGUUUCGUUGUUUUCCCCCUCUGUCUUUGUUCCGGAGCGCUGGGGAUAUGGGUUGUGUUCGACUGAUCUCUUUCUUAUACUUUCGUCCUCUGCAUUGAAACUCAGUCCGGUUUCGAGGCAUUAUCGAUUCUUUUUUCCCGCUCCUCUACUUUGCACGCCAAGGCUAUUCGCACAGCCUAGACCGGUCAUUCGUCGUGUUUCUGCUUUUGCAGCAUAUCGAUAUAAUGCUUUUUUUUUUCCGGCCUUCCUCUAUCAUCCCGCAACAACAACAAACAACAACACUGCCUCAGUCGUAACGCCUUGGAAAUUCUUCCUUCCCUCUCUGCAUGACUGUACACUACCUGAACCGGCGCAUUCCUUUUUUUUUUUUUUUUUCCUUUGGUUUUU